UCCAAUGAUUACACGGUCUCCUUGCUUAUUUAACUCCCAGCUCAAAUCCGACAUUGCAGUAGGCUUCAGUUCUUCGACUGUUCAUCCCUGACACGAAGAAAUGAAAAUCUUCAACUGGAUGCACCGUAAACUGCACUCCGGCAACAACUACUCCCAGGUUUCACAAGAUGAAGAUGUCGAAGAGAAGGCAGUGGUGGAGACGGACACGGAUGCGCUGCUUCUCCAUGACAUGCUUAAUGGCAUCCUCACCAUUGGCACCUUAGGCCAUCACCACCACCUUGUGCCUGAAGCUUACUUCGAUUCAGAAGAGCUUCUCGGAGAGGUUGGAGAAGUCAUAGAGGAAGUGGAGGAAGCUGGGUUGUUUGAGGUAGCGCGAGAAGCUUCGGCAGCCGUACGCAAGGAGUCAUUUAAUAUCAAGUUGUCGGUCGAGGAUGAGGAGAAGAAGAUAAUGGAGGUGGUGCAGGUGCACGAGGUACAGGGAUCUGAGAAGAUCCUUGAGCUGCCAUUGCUGAAGGAGCACAAGGAGAAGAGACACCGGCGGAGGACGACGCUCGCCGAUCUGCUGGCGGCCAAUGCUGUCAGCGACAACGAUUCAGCGGCGAAGACAGUACCCGACGGAACCAAUGUGAGGGGCAAGCAGCAGGCGAUCAAUGCUAAGAAUAACAUGCAGCACAAGAAAAGUAAAGGAGAUCAGAAGCCACCUGCAACCACCACUACCACUGGAAAACUACAAACACUGAUACCAAGGAUGUUGAAGAAGAAGAUCCAUCCGGAGAUGGUAGAGCCCAAGGAAGAGGCGCUGAAGGAAAGAAACAAAGCAGAGAAGCCUCCAAUCGCCGGGGAAGCAGCAUCUGAGCUGUUUUGAGGGUUUCGAUACGAGAGACCACGCAAGCCCGUCGAAUUGAAGAAAGAUGCUUCCACUAGAAAUCUUUUAUUGUUUCCUAUUUGUCUAUAAUCUACAUUUACCCAUGAAAAGAUUGUAUUCGAAUGUUCUUAAUGCAUUAAUUCUGGUAUUCGCCUUUAA